AUGGCUUCCUCGGCAGGCGGACUGCAGCGACGCCGCGCAGGCGCAACCGCCUCCGCCCCAUCCUCGUCGGCCCACCGCCUCGACGAUGACGACGACUACCCCUCCCGCACCGCGAGCCCCGCCGCCGGCAUCGCACCUUCCUCCUCCGCCUCGCUAUCCGCACCGGGCACACGCAGCGCCACCGGCUCCAUCACCACCUACGACCACGAGCGCGGCCACAAGGUCGCCUACGACCCGCGCGACCUCAACGACGAGCGCGAGCAGGGCCAGAACCCGCGCCUCACCCUCAUGGAAGAGGUCCUCCUCCUCGGCCUCAAGGACAAGCAGGGCUACCUCUCCUUUUGGAACGACAACAUCUCCUACACCCUCCGCGGCUGCAUCCUCAUCGAGCUCGCCCUCCGCCGCCGCAUCGCAAUCACCCGCGACCCCUCGCGCAAGCGCUUCAACCUCUCGGAGCGCUCCAUCGACGUCAUCGACGGCAAAAUGACCGGAGAGGUCCUCCUCGACGAGGCACUCAAGAUGAUCAAGGGCGGCGAAAAGAUGAGCGUCGCCCAGUGGGUCGACCUCAUGAGCGGAGAGACGUGGAACGUCAUGAAGAUUGGAUACCAGCUCAAGCAGGUCCGCGAGCGCCUCGCAAAGGGCCUCGUCGACAAGGGCGUCCUGCGCACAGAGAAGCGCAACUUCCUCCUCUUUGACAUGGCCACCCACCCUCUCAUCGACUCGGGCUGCAAGGACGCCAUCCUCCGCCGCGUGCUCACCCUCCUCACCUCGGCAUCCCCCACCGUACACCCAAACGCCUUUUACCGCGAGGACUCGCUCAGCGGCGGCUCGGCGGGGUCAGGUGGAAGCGCACAGGAUCAGGGCCGACCGAUAGCGUUCCGGGUGACGCGGGCGCUCUCGCUCCUCUGCUGCGCCUUUAGCGCAAACGUGCUGGAAAACGCCCUCAACCACCUCAGCUACGAGGCGCGCGAGUCGGCCUUUCAGAAAGCCGACGACAUCCUCGAAGAGUUUGCGACGUGGCCAAUGGCGCCCUCGUCGGGUCUGGCGGGCGGAGGCGUGGGCGGGACAGGAGGCGGGGCGACGGGCGCCAUCACUUCGCUCUCGUCGUCUUCGUCAUUAGGCGGCGGCGGCGGUGGUGGUCGCAACGGCCGUGCCAACGGGGGGAUAGCGGGGGCCGGUGCCGGGGCUGGCGCGGCGGCGGCGGCGACGCGGAUAGCCGAAGGGUCGAUGGUCAAUGACCGCGCCUACGACGAAGGGCCGAUGGGCGCGUCGAUCCUCGAGCUGGCGCGGGCCGUGCAGCGCGAGCUCGACAACGAGGGCGACGCGCUCAUGUACGAGUGCAUCGCCGCCGUCCUCAACGUGCUGAGCCGCAUGGAUAGUCUGCUUUGA